UUUGGAAUCUCCUCUAUUCGGAUCUUUGCUUGAAGUUAAGUCUAAGAAUUUCUCAGCUGAAUGGAAUUUGCCCAGUGAAAGUUUGCCAGAUUACGCCCUAGUUUGGAAAUUCCUCCAGGGCCUGUGAAUGUGCUUGCCGCUCAAUGAGUUGAAGGACAGUUUAAAAUUAAAAGACAGAAAAUUGUAUCCAAAAGAAGAGGAUAAGAAAAAAUGUCUCUUCACACUGUAGAAGCAAUGUUGCGAGGCCCUUUGAAACGACUGAGACAACAGCCCGUAGACAGUGAUGGAAAUGGCAGCGAACUGUCACUAGAUUCUCUAAAGAGGCAGAAGUGUUCUUUCUUGGAUGAAGAAAGAGAAAACGUUAAUCCUGUGGAAUCUGUUCUUACUACUUCCAAGAACUUUCGAGCCCUCGAGCAAGAGAUCAAACCAGAUACUCCUGUGGUUCCAUCAGUGAAAUCAAGGCUUCAUAGACUGGCUGAACAGCGAAAAGCUUGGGAUUCUGAAGAAUUUUCUCCUGGUACGGAAGUAUCUUUGGGCAUGAAAAAUGGGCAAGUCUCUCCAGAAGAAACAGGCAACUCCUCUUGGAAAGAUGAACUAACCAGACCUGCUAUUAAGAAGGUCAGAAAGGAGACUGAAGAGAGAGUCAUCUUAAGUCGCACAAAAGAAAAAACUACAAAGGUGUCAAGCAUUGCUGUGCAGUCAGUUCGAGAGAGGUUUGAAGAGAUGAAUCAUGAGAAACAGAACCAGGAAGGAAUAGGAAGCUGCUGUAAGAUCAUUGCAAUAACUCCAAGCACGAAGCACAUUCAGGCAAUGUUGCUUCACGAAUCUACUCCCAGUGCGGCUCAUGUCAUCCGGAUGAAAAAGGAGCGGGAGCAGGAACUUGCAGUGCUUCAGGGUAAGACUGAAGGGAACAAUCCCUGGGUGGGAAUGAAGACAUCCAGAUUCUGCACAGGACUCAAGCAAACUGGGAAAGGGUUAAAGGGGAGCACAGAAUCUCAAGAGAACACUAUUCACGGCAGUGAUGCUACUUCAAAUUUUGAGCACAGUGAAAAGUAUGAAGACGUUCUCCGGAUUACUGAAGGUGAAGGUGAUUGCAAGGGAGAAUCGCCUAUGGAUUGGUCUACUCCUCUCAGGAAGGUUACUUUUGCAUUAGAACCACAAACCAUUCCAUCGCCAGAGUAUGUAGAAACUGAAAGCGAUGAGAAUGAGAAGUGCAUCUCUGAGAUGGAGUCAAGCUCUCAGGAAGACCUGAACCACCCUGAAAUAAUUGAUAAGCUGUUUGAAGGUAUACUUUACUCAGACAGCAUGGAUGAAGAAAUUGAACCUCAGGCUAAAGAGCAAAUGAUGACAGAAUUGAAAAAAUCCAAUGCUGAAGAACAAAGUGAUGAGGUGAAGCCUGAUGCUGAGGCGGAGCCGAAAAAUUCAAAAGCUGAUGAGCAGGCAGAGUUGAGCAAUUCUAAUGCUGAAGAACAAAGUGAUGAGGUGAAGUCUGAAGCUGAGGCAGAGCCGAAAAAAUCGAGAGCUGAAGAGCAGGCGGAGUUGAAAAAAUCCAGAGCUGAAGAAAAGCAUGAUAUAAAGUCUGAAGUAGAGGCAGAAGAUCAAAAAGAUGAUGAUGAGCUGAUGUUGCCCAGUAUCUCGAUGUUGUCUCCGCUUGCCAAGUCUAUCAAGUUGGAUGGUGCAGCUCCUUUAACUGCAGUACUCUCAUCACUAAACAACAGCCUAACUGAAUCCUGUUGUUCUCCCUACUCUUCGCUUGAACUGAAUGCUUCUGGGCAGAACCAAGAUCGAGUUGGAAAUCUUUCGCCAGUAGUUGAAAGUACACCAUUCUACAGUAUUGAUUUGUAUAGAACUCAACGUCGCAGUGCUCGGUUGCGAGACAAGAAAAAUGUAGAAACCAAAAAAGUUAUAACUCCAAGAGCAACAGAAAGUUCUUGGUUGACAACACAGCAAAUGACCACCAAAGAGAAAAUAAAGGUACUUAAUGAUGAGAUUAUCAGGUUGAACAGCAUCAUGCAUCAGGCAAGCCAGGCACUAAACUGCUGUACAGAUGAAGAGCAUGGUAAAGGCUCAAGAGAAGAAGCAGAAGCAGAACGUCACCUACUUAUUGCUUCUGAGAAGCGUACUGCUUUGCUGACAGAGUUGAAAAAGCUGAAAGGAGAGGGCAAUGCAGUGUCCUUGGGAGAAACAACUCGGCUGACAAAUGGGCUUGAGCCGUGUCGAGGCACUAUCUCCAUCUCUGAUCUUCGCCUUCCUUUGAAAGCUGAAUUUGUAUGUUCGGCCCUACAUAAACAAGGAAAACCCAGUCAUUAUUUCUUACUGAUGAUCCGAUACGGUCCACAUAACAUUGUGGCGACUUCACUAGCAACAGCAGAAGAUGCUCAGCAUGGUGAUACCAUUACUUUCCCAACCAUCAUCACGCUGCGCGAUAUUCAUUACAAAUUUGAAAUUGAUUUGGAGGUGUACAGCCUGGCUCAUGCUGCAAAUGUAGCCACCUCUGAGAAGCGGAGAGUGUCAAGAUCCAAGGUCAUAACUCCUAAGAAGCUGCUGACCUCUAUUACUAAAUCAAGCAUGCAGUCACCUGCUGCUAGUCCUGCAGUUGCUAGUUCUGUACGCACCAGUAAGUUUGUGCUGGUUGGGUCUCACAAAAUCACGUUGGCAUCUCUGGGCAAGGACAAGUUUCCUCUAGAUAAAAUGAAGUUUGAUGGAAAAGUCAGGCAACUACUUGGAGAUGAGUUUCAGGACAAGGUUCCUUUCCUAUCUCCUCUUGAAGGUGCUAUCUAUUUGAAACUCCAGUGCCAUUUUCACUCCUCUGUCGAGCAUUCAGGAUUCCUGACUAUGUUUGAGGAUGUGAGUGGAUUUGGUGCCUGGCAUCGCCGCUGGUUCUUGCUGUCUGGCAACACCCUUUCUUAUUGGACCUAUCCCAAUGAAGAGAAACACAAGAAACCUAUUGGAUGUAUUGACUUGGCCAGCUGCACCAAGGACAAGAUUGAACCUGCCAGCCGUGAGUUCUGCUCCCGACCCAAAACAUUUGAACUGAUUACAGUAAGGCCACAGUGUGAAGAUGAUCAUGACACACUGAUUGUUCAAUGUAGAAACAAAAUGUGCUUUACCAAGAACUGGCUGUCUGCUGACACAAAAGAAGAGAGAAACCUGUGGAUGGGGAAACUUAACCAGGUUCUGAUCAACCUUGGAACAUGGCAACUAACAUUACAGUCCUCCGUUUCCGUGGAUGGAAUCUGAAGCUGGCUUUGUGGUGGCCCAACUUGUCAGAGUAGCUUCUCACCAUAACGGGAAGUGUUUGACAUAGAAGUGCCUUGCAAGUAGUUGCCUAUAUAUACACAACCACUUUAAAUUGCUGCUAAACCCUUGCCUAACCAAAAUUAAUCCAAAGAAUAAAGUAGGGGGAUCAAAUGUUUUUCUUGAACUUGAUUUUUCCCCUUCUCCCUGACCAUUUCUUUCCUCUCCUGAAAGUGUUGACCUGUACUAGAAUUUAAGAGGCUACUUUGUGCUUAGUGUCCACCCCAUAGCCCAUGUAUUUCAUUAAUUAAUUUAGUGGAAUGCAGGGAGCCUGUCUGGCUUUAUUUCCCACUGUCCUAGCUGAAAUCUGCUAAUACAAAUUGUAGUUCCAUCCUAGGACCUUCCUGAUAGCACAGCAGGAAACUUUCAUUUGCUCUUAUGGUGGCAAGCUCACCUUUCAUUAACUCUAGAAACUUCCUUGAGGAUACAUCUUUCAAUUUGUGUUGGUCCUUGUGUUGUCGUUUGCAAGUUCCCUAAACAUUGUCUUGCUCCAUUUGUGCCCUGGUUUCAAGUGACUGGGAGAAAGGAAAGGAGAAAAUAGUUCAAAAUAGCUAUAUAACCAUCCUUUUACUUUUUCUGCAUCUUUUAUCAAUGCAAGAUGAUGAAGGGCUUGUCUUGCACGUUAUCUAUAUUUAUAGUACAUUCUUCAUGUAACUCCUGUGAUUUAUUUCUACUGUCACUAUAACUUGCAUCAUUUUAACUGUCCUAUACUAGAAGUAAAACUGGUUCAAAGAAUAAAUAUUUAGAUAAUUCUG